AUGGUUAAAUCGACCGAUCGCGGGGAUAAUUCAGGCUGGACCUGGGAAGAAGACAAGCGAUUUGAAGGAGCUCUCGUGGAGUUUCCCGGAGAUUGCGCCCGUCGUUGGGAGAAGAUAUCGGCGAGGCUCGGGACGAAAUCGGCGGCUGAGGUCGAGCGGCACUAUGCGCUUCUGUUGGAUGACUUGGCGGCAAUCGAGGCGGGGUUGAUCGAGCUCCCGGAAUACUCGGCGGCCGAGGACGCGUUCCGGCCGUCGGAGCCCCUGAAAAACCCUAAUUCCGAGAAAGGGGCGCCUCGAAAGGCGGCCAAGCCGUGGACGGAAGAUGAACACAGAUUAUUUCUAAUUGGGCUUGAACAAUACGGGAAAGGAGACUGGAAAAGCAUUUCGAGACACGUAGUCCAGAGCAGAAGUCCGGCCCAGGUCGCGAGUCACGCCCAAAAGUACUUCAAGCGCCAGCAAAAGCACGCGCAUUACAAGAAGAGACGAAGCAUUUUUGAUAACUCAACUGCCUCCUCAUGA